AUGCGGCAGACAGUAGCCCUUAUUGCCACCGGCUACCUCGUGGACUUGGUUCACGGGGCUGCCUCGCAGGCGUAUACCUGGAAGAAUGUGGUCACCGGAGGUGGCGGAGGCUUCACCCCAGGCAUCGUGUUCAAUCCCUCGGCUCAAGGUGUGGCAUACGCUCGCACCGAUAUUGGCGGGGCUUACCGGCUGAACUCGGAUGAUACCUGGACCCCAUUGAUGGACUGGGCCAACAACUCCAACUGGCAUGACUGGGGUAUUGAUGCUAUCGCCACCGAUCCGAUCGAUACCGACCGGGUGUAUGUGGCCGUGGGCAUGUACACCAACGAUUGGGAUCCCAACGACGGAUCGAUUCUGCGCUCCACCGAUCAGGGAGAUACCUGGGCGGAGACAAAGCUACCCUUCAAAGUGGGAGGCAACAUGCCCGGGCGUGGCGUGGGCGAGCGACUGGCCGUGGACCCCAACGACAACAGCAUCUUGUACUUUGGCGCCCGCAGUGGCCACGGGUUGUGGAAGAGCACCGACUAUGGUGAGACCUGGUCGAAUGUCACGGCCUUCACGUGGACCGGCACCUACAUUCAAGACGCGAGCUCGACCUAUACAUCGGACCCGGUGGGCAUUGCCUGGGUGACGUUCGACUCGACCUCGGGCUCUUCUGGCUCGGCGACCCCACGGAUCUUCGUUGGUGUGGUGGACACGGGCGAGUCCGUCUUUGUAUCUGAAGAUGCCGGUGAAACCUGGGCCUGGGUAUCCGGCGAGCCCAUGUACGGCUUCCUCCCUCACAAGGGCAUUCUCUCCCCAUCGGAACACACCCUAUACAUCUCGUAUGCCAACGGGGCUGGCCCCUACGACGGCACCAACGGUACCGUCCACAAGUACAACAUCACCAGCGGCGUCUGGACCGACAUCAGUCCCACCUCCCUGGCCGACACCUACUACGGCUACGGCGGACUGGCCGUCGACCUCCAAGUCCCCGGCACCAUCAUGGUGGCCGCUCUCAACUGCUGGUGGCCCGACGAGCUGAUCUUCCGCAGUCUCGACUCCGGCGCCACCUGGUCUCCCAUCUGGGCCUGGAACGGCUACCCCAGCAUCGACUACUACUACACCUACGACAUCAGCAACGCCCCAUGGCUCCAAGACGAUACCUCCACCGACCAAUUCCCCGUCCGCGUCGGCUGGAUGGUCGAAGCCCUCGCCAUCGACCCCUUCGACUCCAACCACUGGCUCUACGGCACCGGCGAGACCAUCUACGGCAGCCAUGAUCUCCUGAAAUGGGACACCUCCCACAACGUAACCGUCCAAUCCCUCGCCGUGGGCAUCGAAGAAAUGGCCGUCCUCGGCCUCAUCACACCCCCCGGGGGUCCCGCCCUCCUCUCCGCCGUCGGCGACGACUGCGGCUUCUACCACACUUCCCUCACCACCGCCCCCUCCCAAUACUUCCACACCCCAACCUACAGCAGCACCAACGGCAUCGACUACGCCGGCAACAAACCCGCCAACAUCGUCCGCUCCGGCUCCAGCGACACCGAUCCCACCCUCGCCUUAUCCUCCAACUUUGGCUCCACCUGGUACGCCGACUACGCCGCCACCUCCAGCACCCCGACCGGCCAAGUCGCCUACUCCGCCGACGCGGAUACCAUCCUGCUGAGUACCUCCUCGGGGGUCCUCCGCUCCCAAAACUCCGCCACGCUCGCCACCGUCGCCUCCCUCCCCGCCUCCGCCAUCAUCGCCUCCGACAAAGCCAACAACACCUUCUUCUACGCCGCCUCCGGCGCCACCUUCUACCUCUCCACCGACACCGCCGCGACUUUCACCGCCACGACGACCCUCGGCGCCAGCACCACCGUCAACGCCCUCCGCGCGCACCCCUCCGCGGCAGGCGACAUCUGGGCCUCCACCGACACCGGCCUCUUCCAUUCCACCGACUCCGGAAACUCCUUCACGCAGAUCGGCAGCGGCUGUACCGAGGGCUGGAGCUUCGGGUUCGGCAAGCCGGCUUCUGAUGAUGCCUACCCGGUGCUCUUCGGGUUCUUCACGAUCGAUGGUGUGACGGGGUUGUAUAAGACGGAAGAUGAAGGUGUCAAUUGGCAGAUGAUUUCCGAUAGUAGUUAUGGGUUUGGGGCUGCGUCGGCGAAUAUUGUGAAUGGGGAUUUGGCCACGUAUGGACGGGUUUUCGUGGGGACGAAUGGGAGGGGGAUUUUCUAUGGGGAUGCCAGUGGGACGGUGCCGAGUGCCACUGCUACGGCCACUGCCACUGCCGCUGCUAGUUCGACGGUGAAGGUGGGGUCGAGUUCGAGUACAGCAUCGAGUUCUUCGACGGUGGGUUCGUCGACGAGUACUGCUGGUGUUACUACUUCGAAAUCGACGACCCUCAGCACGACAACCAAGGGUACCUCGAGUAGUGCAACUACGUCGACUACUACGGGCAGCACAGCCACCGGCACCAGCACGGCAUACGGCCAAUGCGGAGGCAGUGGAUAUACCGGCCCGACGGCGUGUCCGAGUGGAUAUACCUGCACGUAUGAGAAUGCGUUUUAUUCGCAGUGUGAGUAUGCUACAUAG